AUGACAAUCAUCAGAUGCAUUUUAGCUAUUGCAGUUAAGAAAAGUUGGGGCCUUUAUCAAUUGGAUGUGAAUAAUGUCUUCUUACAUGGUGAUUUAAACGAAGAAGUCUAUAUGAAAUUCCCAGUUAGUUUUACACCACCUUCUCCUAACCAUGUUUGGAAGUUGAAAAAGUCCAUUUAUGGACUUCGUCAAGCUUCUAGACAAUGGUACUCUAAGCUUACUACUGCUCUUAAUUUCAAGGGAUAUACACAUUUCUUGAACGAUUAUUCUUUGUUCUUUAGAAGGACAUAUUCUUCUAUCUCUAUUGUGGCAGUGUAUGUUGAUGAUAUACUACUAACAGGCAAUGAUACAAAGGAAUUGACUGAAUUAAAGGCUUUUUUACAUGAGGAGUUUAGAAUCAAGGACCUUGGAAGCUUCCAUUAUUUUUUGGGCAUGGAAGUUCUCCGAGAGCCUCAUGGUUUGAUUUUAUCUCGGAGGAAAUUCACCCUUGAUUUAUUGCAUGAGUUUGAUUCUCUCCACAAGACGCAUGUUUCCUGUCCUCUUGACCCUUCUGUUCGCCUACUUGCUCAGACUGACCCCAUUCCUGACCCGAACUUGUAUCGCUAUUUGUUGGGCAAGCUGAAUUAUUUAACACAUACAAAACCGAAUUUAUCAUUUAUUGUACAUCGCCUUAGCCAGUACAUGCAAGAUUCUAGGCAGACUCAUCUCAAUGCUUCGCUUCGUGUCCUCCGAUAUUUAUUUAAGGAUCCUGGACUCGGACUUUUUAUGUCUUCAUCCCCUUCAUAUCAACUCCUUGCAUUUUGUGAUUCCGACUGGGCCGCUUGUCCUAAUUCACGCAAAUCUGUCAGUGGAUUCUUCAUUUCAUUUGGUUCAUCCCCAAUUUCAUGGAAAUCCAAAAAGUAG